UAGCUUCUAUGAGAAGCUAUACGCUUUAACAUCUUAGAGAAGUUUUGUUUUGCUUUUUUAACAAGCUUGUUUUUUAGCAUAGGUCUUUAUUAUUAUUUUUUUGUUUUUUAAUUUUCUGUAUUUUUCUUUUAUCUUUCGUCUAUUAGUCUUUCCCUGAAAUAGGGAGGCUUUUAGAUUCUAAUAGUCUUCCCUGAGAUAGAGAGAUUACUAGUACCGUGUACCUUUACAAUUUUAAAACAAAAAUAAAAAAUAAAAUAAUAAUAAUAAACAAAAAACCAAACAUUACAACACCAAAUCUAUUCAUGUGCAUACCAUGUGCUAAAAUCAAACAGGUAAGUUUUUUCCCUUUAAAAAAAAUAAAAAGAAAAACUUUCUUCAUUUAAUUGCACAAUCUCAAAAUUCUAAACUAGGUUAAACCAUAUUAAUUUCAUUAAUUCAAGACACUUUCUCUACACGCCGUAAUCUGGAUUAUGUUGGCGCAAAUUAAAACUUAUACUCAACCAUUUUUUUAUAUUGCCCACCAAAGUUCGACAAAAUGCCAACUCCAAAAACCAAUUUGUUUCCAUUCACACUUCCAUCAAAUCAUCCUUUUUCUAGAAACCCAAUUCUCCCACCAUUCAAAUAUUAAUUAUUUUUUCAUAUUCUAUCUUAUCUGACCUUUUCUGAGGAGAGAGAAACACAAAAUUAAUGGGGAACAACAUGGGUGGAGGAACCAGUAAAACAUCAAAAAUUAUGAAAAUCAAUGGCGAAAAUUUCAAGUUGAAGAUCCCAGCUAAGGUUUUUGAUGUUAUUAAGGAUUACCCAGAUCAUAUUUUGUUAGAUUCUGAAGAAUUUCUUAGGUUCAAUCUCAGAGCUAAACCUUUAAACCCAGAUUUUGAGCUUAAACCCAGAAAAAUCUAUCUUCUUGUUGAAUUACCCAAAUUUCCCUUGAAUAAUACUUGCAAUAAUAAUACUCAAACCCCACUUAGGAAGGUGAGAUCUGGUGUGCUCGCGCCCACGACAACUACGAAAGAUUUGAUGUCUCGAAGAUCUGCUUCUGAUGAUCUUACUCUUAUUACGAGAUCAAUGGCUGAUAAUGGAAGUUCAGUGGGUCCUACUAGGGUUAAGAUAAAGCUGCCAAAGGCUCAGGUGCAGAGGAUUAUGGAGGAAAAUGGAGACGAUGUUGAGGCUGCUAAGAAGAUUAUACAGCUUUGUUUGGAAGAUAACCCGGCCGUGUGCGGUGGUGUUGCGGCGGUGGAGGUGGAGGAGAGAGAAAAUGGAGGGGAGGUUAAUGUGGAGAGUCGGAGACGUUGUUCGAGUGUUUAUGAUAGGUGUAGUCCUUGCUCUAGUUACCGCCGUAAGUAUAAGAAAUUAACCUCCUAGUAAGUUACACGGGUACGGAUACAAGUACGAGAUAUUGAAGAACAAAGUAUGAAGUACGUAUGUUUAUGUGGUUAAGACGUGCCGGUGUUUGAGUACACGCCAUCUACUGCUAUUAGAAGUGUAUGUGAGAUAAAAUGAAGUGUUAAGUAUUGUUUAAUUUAGUAGUUAGAGAGUAAUUUGUUUUAGGGUUUAUGGUUUACUAUUACCUCAAUUAGAUGAGGUUAAAGAAGUGUACAAAUUAGGGUGUGAAAUUAGGUGCAAAUGUAUAUACUAUAUAGCGUGGUUGAUGCUUUGAUGGUAUGAUUAAUGACUAUGAUCCAUUCAUGAAUUUUGAGUAAAACUUGUGACAAGUCUGAAAGAGUUUCGGCUAUUCAAUUAUGUAUUGGAUGUUAGAUGCAUAUAUGAUAAUAUUGUGUGAUUUAUGAGCUAUGAGCGUGUUUUGUAUAAUUGUAUGAAAUGAUUGUAUAUUGUAAGGACAGUU